GAAUGAAAGCCGUGUCGAUGGCGCACAGCAUUUGAGAGUGGAGCGUCGUCCUACGUUUAGAGCGUUCGGCCGCCAUGCAUUUUGGUCAAAUAAUAUGUGGAGUGGUAGUGGCUGGCUCAGCCAUUGAUCGACUAUGCUAUGCCACUACUGCGCUGAAGAACCGAUUAGUGCAGUUCAGUGCAAACAAAGCUACGCUAUAGGGCAGGCAAUCCGAUCCGAAGUUCUGCGCCAAAGUUGUUUCCAGUUGGCUUCCAGUUCAUUGCCGGCUUUAUUUGCUUUCGUGCUCUAGGUGCGAAUUAAUCUUUUGGAACUUAAAAACCUGUAUCGAGCAAUUUGUUUACGCAGCGCUGAACUUACAUCCUAAAGUGUCUAUAAGUGUACAUCGAGUUAGAAGUUAACUGUUAUUGGUUUCAUUAUUUUUGUUCACGGCAUUAUGCUCUCGUUCAAGGUGUGGCCCAGUGUAACUAUACAUGCUAUAUUCUGAAGUGUGUGGCCCAGUCAAGUUCCCCAAAAGUGCCGCUUGUUUGAACAAUUAAUGUACCUUCUACAUACAUCCCCGUUAGUGAGUGUGCUAGUGAUUUGCAACGAAAGCGACGAACCUCUUUGGUAUUAUUUCCAAUUGACACUUGUCCGGAAAUAUUCUCUGGCUGAGUUCUGUACCCACCUACCUAACCCAUACACAAAGAAGAAAAAAAACAAACCGGGUGUAGCUCCCAGGCCCAACCUUAACGCAGAAUUUGACAAAUGGCAACACUAAUGGCGGUAAUUCUGGGCACCUCGGCCGCGACUCAUAUGAUUCUCACCGCCGAACAACAACAGUAUCAGCAUCUCGAUGUCGGUUCAACCGGAAGUGGAUCGAUUGUCUUGUCAGAUGUCGUCGGCAGUACGGCGCAUGUCGAGGGUUACGAUGCCGUGGAACUGACUGUGAAGAAGUUUUUUCUUGAUCGCGAUCGCCUUCAUCUACCUGCUUCAGGUGGUGCGAUUUUUGACAAUUCCGCUGCGCAUCCGGCUGGUGGAAACGGAACAAGCGAGGCGGCUGAAGCGGCUGAUCAUGAUGGCGGUUAGAGCGCUGCUGCUGCUGGCCUCCAGUUAAAAUUAGAGCCUGCCUGCCUGCCUGUCUGAUGGUUGUUCCACCCCCGCACUCCCGCUUCUCAGCUUAAGCCCCUGCGCUUGUCACCGCGCGUCGCCAUUCGAUGGCAAUCGGAAAGCAGCAACUCGCAUGCCGAAAAAAGAAGGUUAGAUAAACGAAAAAAAAAAUAAUGCUUCAAGCGACCAUCAACGGCCAUUCCAACUAUGAAUUUGAUUGGGGUUUCGGACCGAUUAGUGUGUGAUUGGUGAAUUAGAAAGAUCGUAUCGUAGAGCCCGACUCUUGAAUGGAACGAGCUUUUUUGUGCUGAAAAUAGGUGACCAGUAAUAGGAAUUCAAACGAUGUGAUCGUUGGAGUAUUUUUUUGAAGCGUUUUGCUUUUAAACCGAGGCGAGCUUUUUUUCUUAUCUCAACCUUAACCUUAACUUUGAAAAAUAAUAGUAGACUUUCCAAAACUGGAAAACAACUGAUAUAAAAAAGAUAUUUAUUAGAAGCCAAAUAAG